GCCCACUCCGGCACCCGCAAGCGAUCAAAUCUCCCAUCGCUCACAAUUGAUCUAUGAACGGUCUGCAUCCUGCAUUCUGCACUCUGUCUGCACCUGUCUGUACCCUACCUGCAUUCCUGCGUCCUGGAAUCCUAGCCGGCUCUUGAAGGUGUGACGCUGCCUCGAUUGGAAUGGGCCGAGCUGCCUGCCCUAAAAGGCCCCUGCCUACCUGCUUCCUCAGCAACAAGGCCUGAAGGAGCACACAGUAUACUCGGACGUACUCAAUACUACGGACUGGGACUGGGCGCCACAGGUACAUGCUGCGCCUGCUCUUCGACAUCGCAUACCAAUCCGUCAAGCCUCACCCGUCCUGCCUUUCUUUGCUGCCCUCUCCAUUCGCUUUUGUUUCUUCCCCCUCUCCACCCCUUCUUUUCUUGUCUCUCUUGUCUCUGGGUUUUCCCCUGACCCUUGUUGAUCUUCUGUCGACCACGCAGGGCUGAUCCAUCACCCUCCGCCAACGCUUAGGUCUCGUGGCUUGCCCCCUUCUACAAUACUCAAGUACAUGGGCAUGUCGGGGCGUCAAUUGGUGUCCCUGCUCACACGGUGACCACGGACCACGCAAAGCCCGUCCUAACGUCCUGACGUCCUAACGUCCCAACUCAAACAGCUCCCUCCCCUCCAGGGCCAGGGCCAAGCUCUGCUGCUGCUAGUACGGAGUACAAGCUAUCCCACAUCCCUCUGCCUAAGGGGGCCUCGUCAAUCUACAGUACUGCCGAGCGUGCGACACCUGCCUGCGCUAACACCUCGGCCUGGUCGACCCUUGUUGUUAUUUUAUUGUUGAUUGCUUCAAAGAGAGAGAGAGGCCCGCCGCCUGCUCGGCGAACAAGACACUCACACUCUCACACACCCGCACUCGCACUUACACUUCUCCACGCCAACCAGCUCACUGCCGCUCAAGUCGCAUCGCCCAGGCGCUCCAGUCCUCGAUCCGACCGGCCUGGCCCUCGGAACAUUACCUUGGCCCUGCCUCGCCGCACGCCGCGCCGCGCCGCGCUACUCCCACGGCCACGCCCACGCCCACAACUUCUGUCGGCUCCUCCACGCCUGCAGGACUGACUGCAUUGCAGCAAGCUUGCACUGUCAAGCCUGUGCCGCCAGCCCUCUCUUACCUCCCCAGCCGUCUAAACGCCCCGUGCCACCACAACCACGACUUGGGUACUGCACUGUCGACCUGUCUCACUUCCAUUGGCGACAUCCGCCGGGCAUCUCUUUGCUUUUGCGACGUUGAAGACCACGCUCCUUUCCUGGUGGCCGGCAACUGCCACCGGCCCCUGGACACCAAGCCUACCUCCCCACCCCCACCCUCUCUGUCUCUCGCUUUACCUAACUGUUCUUCCUCGAUCCUCCCGUCGCCCCCAGCCCCCAAACCCACGCGGGUGGGAGGAAGGACGGUUCCCGGGAAGGAAGGGAGGGAUUACGCGCCCGCGCCCGCGGCUCAGGGGGUCCAUCUGGUUCUUCCUCGGCGUCAAUCGACCUCGACAAGGCCGGUCCCAAAGAUCCAAACCCGACCUUCUCAGCCCCGACCUGCCUCCAGCAAACGCCUGCCGGAUGCUGGAUUCUGGAUGCUGAACUCAAUCACCAAGCGAUCUCCAUAUCGUCCUCCCUGCGACUCUGUGACAGGCCUUGGCGAAGUCUGUCGCAAGCCUGUCCGGUCCUGAUUUGCCGGCUGUUGAGGCAUUGACUUUUCGACUUCGCCGGGGGACUCGGUUCAACGUCGUCUUCGAGUCAGGCCUGGAUGCAUGCGCUCCUAGGCUCGGCUGAAAACCAUGCCGCCCUCAAGAUAUCAAGCGUUUCGCGAGUUCCAGGUAGUAGUACUCGGAGCAGGUGAGCACGUGCCCCGCAACAUAUCCCGUUGCAGAACCCCACCCUAUUGCUGUUUGCGCGUGCGUACGUGUAUGUGCGGCGUCGGGAAGAGCUGUUUGACUGCACAAUUUGUCCACAAUGAAUGGAUCGAGAGCUACGAUCCAACGAUUGAGGACUCUUACCAGAAACAACUUGCUGUGGAUGGACGCCAGGUUGUCUUAGAGAUCCUUGACACCGCAGGAACAGAGCAAUUUACAUCCAUGAGAGACGUGUACAUGAAAAAUGGCCAGGGGUUCUUGCUUGUCUUCAGCAUCACAUCGCGAUCAUCGUUGAAUGAGCUGCAUGGCCUUCGGGAAGAGAUUCUUCGCAUCAAAGACAGGGAGCAAGUUCCCAUUGUUAUCAUUGGCAACAAAGCCGACCUCGAGGAUCAGAGAGAAGUCCCGCGUACGAAAGCAUUUUCCGUCUCCCAAGACUGGGGCGCUCCUUACUACGAGGCGAGCGCCAGGACCAGGACAAACGUCGACGAAGUUUUCAUCGAUAUAUGUCGACAGAUGUUGAGAGUAGAUGAUGCCAUAGAGGCAAUGGACGAAGAGACUUUCGAGACGCGAUACAAAUACGACGAGAACAGCAGGAAGAGACGGCGGCGGAAGAGGAAGAAGGACCAUCCAAAAUGCGUCAUACUGUGAUCGGUCUGUUCGCUUCUUCUCUGGGCUACGGCUGCACCAACUUCAUACCUACUACUUCAAACCCAACCUCAAACACCAAUCUCCGACAUUUCUUUUUCGCCCUCAAGACUAUAUACUCACUCGGCCGUUUCGAAAAUGGGGUUCUGAUUAGGAUCUGGCGUCAAGGUCCUGGAAUCUCUGUGCGAGCUUACUCAUUGAUACCACUACUGCCUCAGUCGAUGCCAAACUUUGCAAAGAUGUUGACGUCUCACGACGCUCAUUCCAUUGUCAUUAUAUUCUUCCUGUCUACUUCAAGGAAACGGCUUUACAUACACAACCGUGGACAGCCGCGUUCUCCUCCAACAAGCCAUCGACAAAGUUUAACAUGUUUGAAUUUCACCAGCAUUUGGGAGUGGUCCCGAAGGCGUUGCACCGGAAAAAGAGGACUGUUUUAAAUCAAAGAAUGGGCUCAUGGGAAAGGGGCCCUGGUAGUUUGGAAUUUGUUUUAACGGAAGAAUCUUGGCUGAGUUUCGCGGAUGCGGAUUUCUACUGCUUUUGGGAAUAGAGGGCACGGCAUGGCUAGAUUCUGGCAUAGCUGUCUUACCGAACGCGUUUCCAGAAACUGCUCUGCUAUUCGGCGUGUUACUUAGCAUGAAGGAAGUACUGAUUCGACGACCAGUGGUCGCAACUCGCACAGAGCUGCAUCCUCAAGACCAGUCCAGUCCCCCCCCCCCCAAAGAAGCCAGCUCCAGAACCCCAACCCUGUUUUUGUCAGUGUCGAUUAGCCUUGG